AUGUUCAUCUCCAUGCUCUUCAUCGCUCUCUUCCUGGGCAGUUACGGACCGACGUACCACACAUGCCCGUCAAACGUGAGCUUCCUCCGACCGGCAACCAACCUGAACCCAGCCGAAUCCGCCUGGGUUUCAGAGCGCAAAUCCGUCGUUCUAUCCUCCCUCUCGUCCUACCUCUCCCGGCUCGACCUGCAUGACUUCCCCCUCGAAAGGUACCUCUCCUCCCUCUCGCACAAUAGUGCCUACAUCCCUACGCUCUCCCUCGCCAUCUCCGGCGGCGCCGCCCCAGCCACAUGGACAGGCAUGGGCGUCAUGCAAGCCCUGGAUGACCGUUUCCCCCCUUCCGUGGCGCAGAAAACUGGCGGGCUGCUCCAGAGCCUGACGUAUAUCGCCGGUCUAUCCGGGGGUAGCUUCCCAGUCAUCAGUUACGCAGUGUCUGAUUUCCCCACCACGGCGGAUAUCGUAAUUCAAUACGACCCUAUGGUGAACCCGCUCUCCCCGACUGGGGCAAGCGGAGAGGCGCUGUAUGACGAAGAGGUGUUUCUCGAGAUUGGAGAGAAACUCCAGGCGGGCUUCCCUGUUAGUCUAGCAGAUUUUCUCGCACGCGUCUACUCCUACGAAUUCAUCCCCGGCCCAGGAGCGGGGAUCAACACCACUUGGUCCGGGGUGACCCAGCUCCCGCGGUUCGAGAACCACACUAUGCCUCUGCCUAUUCUCGAGUUUGUGAUAGUCUCCUCCGAUGCGCCGGCCUUUUAUGUCGGGGACGUGCCGAUCCUUAUCCCCCAGGCGAACUCCACGCUCGUUGAGGUAAGCCCCUUCGAGUGGGGAUCGUGGCAAGGCCCCCGCACGGGGUUCACACCUACCAAGUACCUCGGUACUGUGCUCCUUAACGGUCAGCCAGUCAACACGAGCCGCUGCGUGAACGGGUUCGAUAACGCCGGGUUCAUGCUCGCUACGGCUUCGUGUGCCUGGAAUUUGUGGUAUGUGAUUGACGCUACCAACGGGACAGGGCCGAACUUCGCCAAACGUGGCUUGGUCCUUUCCAGCCGGGACGCCUACGUCCCUCCUGUAGGAAAACGUUCCCUGCUAAGCGCCGCUCCCGAAGCACACGCACUCUCAAAGCGCAAGACGAUCUUCUUCCCCGAAGCAGAGUUCGACCUCCUCCUCUCAGCGUACAACACCUCGUUCAACGCAACCAUCCCCUCGAUUCUCACCGCGCCCUACCCGAACCCCUUCUUCGGGAUAAACAACGACAGCGAGCCGUACUUGUCCGUAGUCGACGGGUCCGAGUCGGGCCAGACGAUCCCCCUAGCAGGGGUGAUGCAGCCUGUGCGCAAACCCGACUUCAUCAUCGCUUAUGACGUGAGCCAGGAGACGACCUAUGGCUGGCAGAACGGGACCAACUUGAUCGACAGUGCUCUCUGGGCUAAGGGGUUCGACAUCCCCUUCCCGAAGAUUGCGAGUGCGACUACGAUGCUCAACAGAGGGUAUACGCUCCGGCCGACGUUGUUCGGCUGCAAGAACGCCAGUGUGCCACUACUGUUGUACCUUAAUAAUGCGCCCUAUUCCGCAUACACCAACUUCUCGAUCAUCGACAACCAGCUCGACCCGCCUCAGGUAACGGACAUUCUGACAAACUCGUUCAACAUCGUCACCCAGGGGAACGGCACGCUCGGCAAGGACUGGGCAGAGUGUCUGGGGUGCGCUGCGAUCCAGCGAUCUGUUGAGCGCCUCGGAUGGAAGACGACCCCUCAGUGCGAGCAGUGCUUUGCCGAGUAUUGUUGGAACGAGGUGUUCAAUCCGUCUCUGCUGUUGGAGCCUCGCCUUUCCUUUGCAGCGUGGAAUCAGACCCAUCAGUACUUCUACACCAACGGCACCGUUUAG